AUGGCUAUUUUCAAGAAACCUGGCUUCUACAGCACUGUAACAUACGCAGGCCUGGUUGCCAAUAUCUUGACACUAUGCGAGCCUGGAAUGUUUGAUUGCAUCGGUAAUCUUGGCGCAGGUGGUUUCGGUAGUGUCAAAGCUAUCGCCGUAGCCAACGCACUCGUAUACGGCCUCAUGACUGUCGGUAUCCUGCUAUCUGCACCUGUUAUAUCGUAUAUCGGCCUCAAACCGGUGCUUAUUCUUGGAUGCGCCUUCUUCUGCGUCUAUGGCGCCGCGUUGUACUACAACUCCAUCGCCCACAACGACGGAUUUCUUAUAGGUGGAAGUGUACUCUGUGGAAUUAGCGCCGCUGCAUUCUGGGCUGCCGAGGGUACCAUCUUCUCAUCACUCCCAUCCAAUGACGAUAGAGGACGCUACUUGGCGUUGUGGGGUGUGGCCAAGAACCUUGCACCUCUCGCACUUGGUGGUUCCAUCAGUUUAGGCUUCAACGUACACUCGUACGACUCAGGCAAAGUAAAUCCCAACGUCUACAUUGUCUUCUUCAGCUUGAUGGCUGCUGGCUUUGCAAUAGCCUUCCUCUUCCCCAACCCAUCCAACAUUUACAGACGCGACGGAUCGAAAGUAGAAAUGCGCCAAACAGAUGGAUUGGUGACUGAGAUGACGCGCACGUUGAAGGCUUUUAGAGAACCACGCGUUUUCAUGCUCCUACCUCUCUUCUUCAUGAGCUACUUUUACUACGCUUAUCAGUCCAACUACACGAGUUUGUACUUUAACGUACGCACACGUGCACUCUCCAGCUUUAUUAGCCCAUUCGGUGCCAUUAUCAGCUCCGUCCUGAUGGGCUUCUACCUCGAUAGCAAGCGCUGGAGUGAGAAGACCAAAGGCCUGACUAUGUUGGCCAUUCUUUUCUUCUGCGAGAUGGGUCUGUGGACUUGGAUAGCUGUUAUUAGAUCGAUUUACGGUACAAAUAACUCAGUUGCGCUCGAUUUCACUGGUGCUUCCUAUGAAUUUAACAGAGCUUUCCCUGUCGUCUUUUUUAUGACUUUCGUCGGUCAGGGCUCUCAAAAUUACCUCUAUUGGGUUGUGGGCCACUAUGCGUGUGGUGUGAACAACCUCUCUACCUACGUUUGUAUCCUGCGUUCGGCAGAGGCGUUGGGUCAGACGGUAGCAUGGGCCAUCAGCCAGAGAGUAGAUACUACAUCGACGGUGCACAUCUACAUUAACUUCAUCGGUCUUUUCGUAGGUAUUAUACUGGCUAUUCCCGUCGUCGCGAAGCUGCAUUACUAUGAGAAGGACGAGAACGAGUUUGUAAAUUACAACCUCUCGGAUCAGGAAUCACCGAGGUUGUCUAUAGACGAGAAGGGCGACGGAGAAGCCGGCAAGGCUUCCAAGUGA